UCAGUCACACAGCGUCGAAAACUGAACGUAGACCUACCGUCUUUCCUGCGAACAUAACGCACCCUGGUAAUGAAUGUAUGCAAGCGAUCUUUCCGGUCCGGUACAGCCAUAAUGAGGGUGCGUUGUGUUCGGGGGAAGACGGUAGCUCAACGGAGCUACUGACAACCGAUCAGCCGGUGAAAUUGGGUGGGCGAGAUCUUGGACCUGAUCCGAUGAGUAUGCUCCUUGCGUCACUGUUGGGAUGCGAGCAAUAUGUGGUGGACUUGGCGGCGAAGGACCUGUCCAUGGACAUUCACUCGGUGGCGUACGAAGUCCAAGGAGAUUACGAUGUUCGCGGGUUCUUGGGAGACGAAGGGGUUCCUUCCCAUUUCCAGAGGCUCCGGAUCAAGGCGUCGGUCAUCACCAAGGAAUCCGAGGAGAAACUCGCAGAACUGGCGAGGAUAGUGCAGAAGCGCUGCCCUGUGUCGGAUUUGUUCCAAGCUGCGGGGAUCGAUUUGCAAGUGAAGUUCGUCAAGGUGUAGUAGGAGGUAUACCCUCCAAAGUAGUUUUUGAACGCUCUCAUGCGUCCUUUCUCUCUCCUUCUCUCCGUAUUCUAUCUCAACGGAGAGAGAAAAUAGCAUUACAAUCACGCUCAUUCUGCCCCACCCCCGUCUGCCUGAAUUGUGCCUGACAUCUUGGUGAGUUUGGAUGUUGGCAUGUCGAUCUUUUCCAUUCCUGCGCGAUUGAACGUUCCGGACCUACCGGGUGUUGGUUGUAGGUUGACCUACGCGUGCUCGUUAGGUCUCUCCGCCGAUACACAGCGAUCUAUGGUAUUGUCUGUUCGUUUGUGGUUUUGAACUCCUUUUCGUAAAACGCGAAAAAGCCCUUUUGUCACCAAGGUCUUGGUUGGUCGGUAACUUGGUGAGGGCAAGUUUCAAAACCAGACGAGGAGUUGGGAGGGUAAGUUUCAAAACUAGAUGGGAAGUUGGAAGGGUACGUUUCGAAAAGAGAUGAGGAGUUUGAAUCCUUAUGGAGAAUCGUCAAGGAUAGAAAAGAUGGGUUGGAGUACAUGCAUCGGAUGUUGAGGUGAGGGGCAGUCUGCAUUUUUCACAACUUGGUGGGAAAUUCGUAUUAGUUGAGGAGUUGGAAGGGGAAGUUUCAAAAAUAGCGUGUUCGGGGUACUUUCACAGCGAAAAUAGUGGCAGGAGGGCGGGGGCCGCGUUUCGUUGCAAAAAUACAUCUUUCGGGCGGGGGCAGCUUUACAGGUCUAGGUAGUUUCACAGCAAACUUAGUUGCGGGUGGGCUCCCUGCUUUUGUCACAAAGAUACAUUUUUCGGACCCCGACAACAUUUUUUUCCGCUGGGAAACCCGCGCUAAUUUCUGCAAUGACCCUGGAGUCCGAAUCUUUCAUGCAAUCAUCAAGAAGAGUCAUGCCUUGGAAGAUUGGUGGGAGUGCUCGCAUUGCAUGUCGACGCAAGGUGCAGUUUCCAUUUGUUGCAAAAAUGACCUCCCGUCGAAGGAUUUUCUUUUCGGUUUCGGCAUGGGUCUGCAUGUGUGUGGUAAUUAAUUGGAUCGCAUGUCUGUCGGCUGUUAAGGAGGACAUCACUGCAAAGUUGCAGAAAUGCCCCCCUCGAAGGAUUUUAUUUUUGAUUUCGGACUGUCCGCUGUCUGCUUUACUGCAGAUGGUAGUAGGGGUUCUCAUUCGGCAUGGAGGACAUGACUGUAAAAUUGCGAAAAUGCCCCCCUCGAAGGAUUUUCUUUUUGGUUUCGGACUGUCUGCUGCCUGCUUUAAUUUAGAUGGUAGCAGGGGUUGUCAUUUGGCGUGGAGGACAUCACUGCAAAAUUGCAAA